AUGGGAGAUUAUUUAAAAACGGGAUCGGUCAACUAUGAUUUAGAAAUAUUAAAAAAGAAACCCGAAAAGAAGUUAUCGCUUGACAAGCAAAAUUUGUAUCUGCAAGGAUAUGGUAGACAGUGGGGUGAGAAACUGGUCUACAGUGUUGGAUUGGCCUACGGUACAGGCCUUCUUCUAGGUGGGGGUUGCGGGUUAAUCAGUGGAGUGUUGAAGGGAGGGAAAACGAGGAAGCUCUUUGUGAACUCCGUUUUGAAUUCCACUUCAGUGAUAGGGCCGAGCGUCGCCAACCAAAUGGCCUCAAUAACCAUGAUUUUCUACGCCCUAAAUAAUAUGGUAAAAUUAUUCACAAAGAAUGAUGAAGUGUACAAUUCUUCCAUAGCAGGAUUCCUCGCGGGAAGCAUAUAUAAAAGUGCUUCCAGUUAUAAAAUGAUGGGUGCUUAUUCUGUGAUGUCGUCUGCUGUUUUUUCGUUUAUUGAUUAUGGCUUUAAAAGAGGCUACAUUUAG